GCCCUGGUCACGAAGUAUGCUUUAGCCUGGCACAAGUAUUUGGGAGCUCAGUGAUCCUCGUGUAAAAUGCUGCGUUUACUUUUUCCCGUUUCCAUGGCAAUGCUGGCCGUAGUUUUGAUCCAAAGAGGUGAAAGCGCCUGCAAGAAGUGCGCUAAGGGAACUGACGACGCAAGCUGCAUCAUGAAUUUCACGUCAACUUUCGCUGAAGACGACAAGUUGUGUGCCAAAGUAAAGAAUAGUUCAACAGAUGGUGAUUUGUGCAAGGCCUUUCCCCCGGGCUACAGGCUGGUCUGUGACAAAAAUAUCACCUGUGAUGGCACCUGCUCCGCUGCCAUGGCAACAGGCAUCAACAUGCUCACUCCAGUUGUGCUUGUGGCCAUUGUACUACUUUACUUAAGCCGAUAAGGAAAUCGUGUUUGUAUUAAAAAUGACAAAUGAACUCCCCUGCUGCAAUUCUGCAGGGUAAUGCAUUUUGCAACUAAACGAUUUAAUAAUUUUGUUUGUAUACUUUUUCUCAAUAAAGUAUGUAUAUCUGGACAUACAUGUAAAAUUACCCCAACCCUCCUUUGUUCGGCCUUUACUCCAGUAUAAACCCCAAACUGAGCCUCUUUAGUUGUCAUUAUUUAUACUCUCUCUCUUGCUUUCUCUCUCUCUCUCAUCAACAUAACUUAUGCUUUGUGGCAAGUAAUUUGUACGUGUAUAACAUUUCCUUUCUUUUUCAAUGUUUCAGUAGAAGACAAAUAAUGAACAUGUAACUGAAUUAUUCACUUUGUAUUGAAGUGAAAAUAUCAUUUUGUGUUUGGUGAUUAUUAUUAAUGUUGUGAUUGAUGGAAGCUUAGGUGGGAAAGAUGCAUAUCAAUAAAUUAUUGAAUAUACUCAGACCAUUUUGCACAUUUUGAGAUUCUAUUCUGCAGAUCAAUUGCCUGAUAUGGUUAUUUGUUUUUUGAAAGCCACAAAAACCUAAAAAGUAACCUCCAUUGAACAUCUUCGUUGUUGCCUCUUGCAUCUGGGCAUACUGAAGUAAAAUAUGCGAAACAAGAAAACAAACAUAUCAGGUAAUAAACAAUUCUACAAGAAAGAAUCUCACCCUGGGUGUAAUGAUAUGCGCAACAUGGUUCGAUGACCUACCCCCUUCUCUAUAAUGAACUCAUCCAGUGAUAAGCGAUACAUUAGAGAUGGAGUGGGUUGUCACAAGGAUUCAUUGUCUAACACCUUUCUGAAUCAAUAAAGAAUAUCAUCAACA